CCGGGCUGAGGGGCCGGAGCUGAGGGGAGCCGGGCUGAGGGAAGCGCCCGUCCGGGGCUCGCUGUCGGAGCAGCGCCGUGGCAGCGUCGCUUCAGCCGCCAGUCGGAACCCCGAGAGCAAGGAGAAGCAGGUCAGCUCUACAAAACAAGAUGUGUUGGCAAAUCAUCCCAACCAUGUUUGUGCUGAUGGACUUCCUUCAGAUGGCAGCUGCCCAUUGCAUGGUCCAUCCAGUUCCUGCCAGGAAUUUCACACUGCCCUGUGUGCUGCUGAAUGAGACCUUUCUGAGCCCUUUCUCAGCUGGGAGCUGGUCUGGUUUGAGGAGAGAACUUGGAGCACCCAAAAUCAAGCAUUUAAUGAAUGAAGAAAAAUUUCUGUGUUGCCUUUGGAGUGCCAGCAACAUUGAUUGUUCUUUGUACAGAGCAAGCAUGCAGGCAAGGAAGUUUAUUCCUUCAGAAAUAAAUCUCUCUGCUCCUCAGAAAAUAGACUGGAGCUGGAACGUGGAAUGUUGGGUUAGAGGCAGGCUGGACCUGUUGGUUUGUAACCUGCAGCUUUUGAAGCUGGACCUGAGAGCUGACUUGAAGGUGAAUCUUUUAUACUCUGGGUCAGAGCUGUCCCUGGGGGCUGCAUCCACGAGCUCUCUGCAGGGCACAGUGAGGGUGGCUCCGUGUGACUGCAGGGACCAGGCCAGCUGCCAGUGCCUGGUGGCCACGCCGAGCCUCAACCACACCUACCUGCUGUGGCUGGAGAUGGUGGCAGGGGGCACAGCCCUGGGGUCGCCCCUGAUGGCCCUGCAGCCCACGGACAUUGUGAAGCCUGAGGCCCCCGUGAAGCUGCACCUGGAGCUGGCUGAGAGGGGCCAGGUGAAGCUCUGCUGGUCCAGCCCUGCCCCGCUGCCUUUCCCUCUGCAGCACCAAGUGAGGAUCUCUGCUCCCCCUGGCCACGGGGACAGCCAGCAGAUGCUUCAGGUUGCCCUGGAAAGCUCCGUGGCCAUGGACAAUGCCCUGCUGGACUCUCCAUCCUCAGUGCAAGUGAGGAGCAGGAAUCUCCGUGCUCCAGGCUUCUGGAGUGACUGGAGCUCACCCUACAACCUCACUUUGGGAGCUCAAGUGCUGUACUUCCCUGCCAGGACCGUGACCCGCGCUGGCUCCAGCCUGUCCUUUCUGUGCACGUUCCGGAACCGCUCGCAGCCCGUGCCGUCCCGGGAGCUGGUGUGGUGGCUGAACCUGGCCGAGCCGGUCCCGGCCAGCCAGACCUCCGUGCUGAGCAGCCGCGUCAGCCGAGUGACGCUGCCCAACCUGAGAGCCACCCAGCCCCGGGGCAGCUUCCUCUACAGCGCCCUGUACUGCUGCCACCAGAGCCGCCAGUGCCACCGCGCCUACGCCGAGCUCUAUGUCGUAGACAUGGAUUUUAAUAUCUCCUGUGAGACUGAUGGAUACCUGACUAAAAUGACUUGCAGGUGGUCUGCAAACCCAACCACCUUGCUCCUGGGGAGUCUGCAGUUAAGAUAUCACAGGAGCCAAAUUUAUUGCUCUGACUUUCCAAGCCCAUCUCCAGACUCAGAGGUGAAGGAAUGCCUUCUGCAGAGGAACCAUUCCUACGAGUGCACAUUCCAGCCCAUUUUCCUGUUAUCUGGAUACACCCUGUGGAUAGAGUUUAAACACUCCCUGGGAACCCUGCAAUCCUCCCCAACCUGUGUCAUCCCAGCAGAUGUGGUGAAGCCUCUGCCCCCUUCCAACGUGGGAGCAGAAGUGACCAGGAACACGGGGCUGCUGAACGUGAGCUGGAGCCAGCCUGUGUUUGCCAGCAGGGAUCUGACAUUCCAGAUCCGCUGGAAUCCAGGAGGCAGGGAGGACAUUCCAUGGCAGCUGCAUGAAGUCCCAGACCCUGCAGGCAGCUGGGCAGCGAUGGCAGUGCAGCAGCUCUGUGUGCAGUACGUGGUGCAGGUGCGCUGCAGGGAGCUGCAAGGAUCCGGCUACUGGAGCGACUGGAGCAGAGCAGCCCAGAGCCUCGUCCAGGACAUCAGAGCUCCCUUGCAAGGCCCGGAAUUCUGGAGGAUCGUUUCUGAGGAUCCAGCCAGGAGGCAGAGGAAUGUUACACUCCUGUGGAAGCCCCUGAUGCAGAAUGACUCGUUGUGCAGCGUGAGCAGGUACAUCAUAAAGCACCAGACCCCAGGGAACCCCUGGGAGGAGUUUGUGGAUCAUGGCACCAGCUGGACUUUCCCAUGGAUGGAGCCAACCCACACCGUCACCAUCUUAGCCAUGAAUUCAGUUGGAAUUUCUGCAAUUAAUUCUAAUCUAACUCUGUCCCAGCAAAUGAGCACAGUGGAUGCUGUGCAAUCCCUGAGUGCUUACCUGGUGAACAGCACCUGUGUGGUUGUGGUUUGGAGUCUCUCCCCCCAGAUCCCUGGGAUAAAAUCCUUUGUGAUUGAGUGGAGGAACCUGAACAAAGAGGAGCAGGUGAAAUGGCUGCGAGUUCCUCCAAACCUCAGGAAAUAUUUUAUUUAUGAUCACUUUAUCCUGAUUGAGAAGUACCAGUUCAGCCUCUACCCUGUGUUUGCUGGAGGAGUUGGCAAAGCCAGAGCCACGGAUCAGUUUGCCCAAGGGGGAUUUGAAACUGGGAAUGCUGGCAGCCUCCAUGUGGUUCUGCCCAUUGUUUUCUCCACCUCAGUUCUGCUGCUGGGAGCGUUGCUGCUUUCACACCAAAGGAUGAAGAAGCUGCUCUGGGAGGAUGUUCCCAACCCCAAGAACUGCUCAUGGGCACAAGGAGUUAAUUUCCAGCAGCCUGAGACUCUGGAACAUCUCUUUGCCAAGCACCCCGAGCCAAUGUCAUGUGAGCCACUUCUCCUGGAGGCAGAGAUGGUGCUGGAAGACAUCAGCAUCACCAAAGCCUUAGGAAAAGAAGAGCCAGGGGAUUUUUUAGGAAUUGACUCCACGUUUCCAAACCCCCAGGACUCGGAAUGUGACUCUGCCUGCUCCAGCAGCCACUUCCAGAGCAGCAGUUUCUGCAGGAGCUGCCAGGAUGGAGAAGCCCUGGCUCAGGGUGACCUCAGAUACGCCACAGUCAUCAGCAGCUGCCCCUCCAGCGGGCUGUGCCGGCCAAAAACCAGCCCGGGGAGCAGCCUGGGGAGCUGCUUCCUAGGGCAGCACCCCAUAGUCCUGGGGGCCUUCUGCAGGGCUGCCUGGGAGGUUGGGAGUGGCGCAGUGCUGGUGCUGCCUGGCUGCCAGCCCAGCAGGGCUCUGUCCCUGCUCUCCUCAGAGGGGUUCUCGGAGCCUCUGGGCGAGGCGUUCCCCGGCAGCGCCGAGCGCAGCCUGUGCUACCUUGGGAUAACAGCCCUGGACAGAGGACAGACGGACACGCUGACAGACAGCUCCAGGAGCACGUGGCAGCCCCAGAGCUCGGGCCUGCUCACGGAGCAGGAGGUUCUCCAGCACAUCCCAGCCAGGGUCAAGGAGUUGAUCCAAAGCAGCCUCAAGCCUAAAGGCGCCGUUCCCUAUGUUCCACAGUUCCGGAUGGCUGCAGCCAAAGGGCAGGAGGCCACGGAGAAAAAGUGACAGAAUCACCCAAAAUUCAAUAUUCCUGAAGUUUUCCCAGGUGUUGAUGCAUUCCCCUGUUUUCCCUCUCUUGCUUUAUCCAGCUUGUUCUGGUUUUAGGCUUCACCUGGAGCCCCCAAGGGUGAGAGAGCUGAUCUGUGGCCUGGGAUAUUUCUGAGGGACAAAAGCUGGAAUGGGCCAUUUCCCUGGGGAUGAUUUGUGACAUGAGUCAGCCUGGAUGUGGUUGCCAGGAAUGGAUCAAAGAGUGAAAGGCUCAGGG